AUGUCGGCGCCCACGAGCAAGACCUUCGGAAAGUCGACCCGAGAGGUCCCUGCCUCUUCGGAGAAGGCUAAGAAGUGGUACCCCGCUGAUGAUGAUGCCGAGAACAAGAAGGUUCGCAAGGCUGUCCGAUCUUGGACUCCUCGCAAGUCUCUCCAGCCCGGUACCGUCCUCAUCCUCCUCGCUGGCCGCUUCCGUGGCAAGCGUGUCAUCCUCCUGAAGUCCCUCGACCAGGGCGUCCUCUUGGUCACCGGCCCCUUCAAGAUCAACGGUGUCCCUCUGCGACGAGUCAACUCCCGAUACGUCAUCGCCACCUCUUACAAGGUCGACAUCUCUGGCCUCGACGAGAGCAAGAUUGAGGAGAUCUCUCAGCCCAAGUACUUCACCGCCGAGAAGGCCAAGGAGAAGGCUGGUGAGGAGGCUUUCUUCAAGCAGGGAGAGAAGCCCCAGAAGAAGGAGGUCAACAGCAGCCGCGCCGCCGACCAGAAGGCCAUCGACAAGGCUCUGAUUGCCAACAUCAAGAAGGUCGACAUGCUUGCCUCUUACCUCUCCAGCUCUUUCAGCUUGAGGAAGGGAGACAAGCCCCACGAGAUGGCCUGGUAA